AGUGAACACACCGUCUUUACCAGAGUUGUAAGAAGCUGACAUGUUUUGAGAGUAUUCCCUAUAAUAUAUCCCAAAAUGCGGAUAUUUACGGCUUGUUUCUGCACUGCGCUGGUUCUCCUGGUGGUCGUGUUUGGGCCGGUGAUCGCAGACAUCACGGACGGGAACGCGGAGCACCUGAAGCGGGAGCACUCUCUGAUGAAACCUUAUCAGGGUGUGGGCAGUCAGUGGGACUUCUGGGGCAGCACUCUGGUCACCAGCUCUUACGUCCGGCUCACUCCAGACGAGCGUAGCAAACAGGGCUCCAUCUGGAACACUGUGCCGUGUUAUCUGAAGGACUGGGAGAUGCACGUCCAGUUCAAAGUUCACGGUUCAGGGAAGAAGAAUCUUCAUGGAGACGGCAUCGCUAUCUGGUACACGAGAGACCGGCUGCACCCAGGCCCUGUCUUUGGGAACCAGGAUAAGUUCCAUGGACUGGCUUUAUUUGUGGACACGUUUCGUAACGACCUCCAUGGCAUGGAUCGUUCGUUCCCUUACAUCUCAGCUAUGGUGAACAACGGCUCUGUGAGUUAUGAUCACGGUAAAGACGGGCGUUCCUCGGAGCUCGGAGGAUGUUCAGCUGAAAUCAGGAACAGAGAAUAUGACACUUACCUUGCCGUCAGAUACUCUAAAGGAAGACUCACGAUAAUGGUUGAUGUCGAUGACAAAAAUGAAUGGAAAGAGUGCAUUGACAUUGGAGGGGUCAGACUGCCCACAGGAUACUACUUUGGAGCAUCAGCUGCAACUGGAGAUUUGUCUGAUAACCACGACAUCAUCUCAAUGAAGCUGUACCAGCUGAUGGUGGAGCACAGCCCAGAGGAAGAGAACCUGGACUGGACAAAAAUUGAGCCCAGCGUCAGUCUGCUCAAGUCCCCCAAAGACAACAUUGACGAUCCAACGGGUAACUUCCGUGGUACACCACUGACUGGGUGGAAGGUGUUUCUGCUCUUACUGUGCGCUCUGCUGGGCAUCGUGGUCUGUGCUGUGGUGGGAGCUGUGGUCUUCCAAAAGAGGCAGGAGCGAAAUAAAAGAUUUUACUGAGAAUAAACCAAAGGAAAAAACUCCAGAAGGGACUUUUAAUGUGAAAUUUUCUAAAGACUGUACAAACACGAAUAUGCAUUUCACUUGGCCAAAAAAAGAGUUAAGAGCUGAUAGGGUUGUCAGUAGGGGUGUAGGAAAAAAAAGGAUUGUGAUCAUCUUAACAGUUCUGGAUUAAUUCCAAAUUCUCAAAAAUCAAUUUUAAAUUACAUUAAUAACAGUGUUUCCACCUCUGUAAAAUGCCUCCCUUAAAAUUCACCAGACAUUGCCUCUGCGGACUUUACAUUUAUUUAUCAUUUAUAAAUAGACCAACAUAUUAAGUUCAAUCACUAAUGUAAAGAAUUAACUGGACCUAGAUAAUGAUAUAUUAUUUUCAUUGAGUUAUGAUUUAAUAAACUAAACACAACUAAAUACAAUUUUUGGGUACCUUCUGAUUUUUGUGCGAUUUAAGAACAGUUCUGUGUUAUAUGAAUGUACAAUUUACUUGAAAGAUUGUUACAACAGGGAACUUGAAAUGUGUAAAAUAAAUGUCCUGUAUGUAUUGUAAUUCAUCUUUCCUGAAUAACUUUGGAAUGAUCUCAAGCUGUAUCAGAAUAAGUAUAAGACCACAUAGACUACAGUGGCUUGCAAAAGUAUUCAUUCCCCUGGAACUUUUUAAAAUUUUGUCAAGUCACAACCACAAAUUUAAAUAUUUUCUUAUUUGCAUUUUAUGUGAAUAAGUAACACAAAAUGGUACACAAGUGUGAAGUAGAAAGAAAAUUAUACAUCAUCCAGAUAUAUAUAUUUAUACAUCCAGAUUUAAAAAAUAAAAAUAAAAAUACAAAACUGAACGUGCAAAAGUAUUCAGCCCCUCAAAGUCAAUAUGUCUCCACCAGCUUUGCAUACCUACAGAAUUUUAGAUUUUUGAAAUUUACCCAUUCUUCCUGGCAAAACAGUUCAAGCUGUGUCAGAUUUGAUGGAGACCGUUUGUGAACUACAGUUUUCAGAUCUUGCCACAGAUUCUCAAUUGGAGUUAGGUCCAGACUUUGACUGGGCCAUUCUCAUGAAUAUGUUUUGCUUUAAACAAUUCCAUUGUCGCUUUGGCGCUAUGUUUAGGAUCGUUGUCCUGCUGGAAGGUUAACCUCUGCUCCUGUCUCAAGUCUUUUGCAGACUCAAACAGGUUUUCUUCCAAGAUUGCCCUAUAUAUAGCCCCAUCCAUCUUCCCAUCAACUCUGACCAGCUUCCCUCUUCCAGCUGAAAAAAAAACACCCCCAGAGCAUGAUACUACCACCACCGUGUUUGACUGUGGGGAUGGUGUGUUCAGAGUGAUGUGCAGGGUUAGUUUUCCUCCACACAUAGUGUUUUACUUUCAGGCCAAAAAGUUCAAUUUUGGUCUCAUCAGACCAGAGCACCUUCUGCCACAUGUUUACAGUUCGCUACAGGUCAUUUGGAGGACACAGCAAACAAGACUUCUUAUGGUUUUCAACAAUGGUUUUCUUCUUGCCACUCUUCCAUAAAGACCAGAUUUGUGUAGCACAUGACUAAUAGUUGUCCUGUGAACAGAUUCCCCAACCUGAGCUGUGGAUCUCUGCAGCUCUUCCAGAGUCACCAUGGGUCUCCUGGCUGCAUCUCUGAUGAGUGCUCUUCUUGUUUGUUCUGUAAGUUUUGGUGGAUGACCAUGUCUGAGUAGGUUUGCAGUUGUGCCAUACUCUUUCCAUUUCUGGGUGAUGGAUUGAACAGUGCUCCUUGAGAUGCUCAACGCUUUUAAGAUCCAAGCCCCACUUUAAUCUUCGCCCACAACUUUUUUGCUGACCUAUUUGGUGUGCUCCUUUGACUUCAUUUUUUGGUUUGCUCCCCAAUACUCUCUUAACAAACCUUCUGUGGCCUUCACAGCACAGCUGCAUUUAUACUGAGACACGAUUACACACAGGUGGACUCUUUUUAGUCAACGUUCAACCUUCCAAAAUCAUCAGGCAACUUCUAAAAGCAAUUGGUUGCAUUCAAGAAAAAGGGGGCUGAAUACUUUUGCACACUGCACAAUUUUUUUUAUAUAUAUAUAUAUAAAAAAAAAAGUGGAAAUCUUUUAAAAUAUUUCCUUCCACUUCACACUUAUGUGUCAUUUUGUGUGGCUCAUUCGCAUAAAAUGCUAAGAAAAUGUAUUUAAAUUUGUGGUUGUGAGGUGACAAUAAAUGAAAAAGUUCCAGGCGGAUGAAUACUUUUGCAAGCCACUGUACCUACCUAACAGUCACCCAGGUAGGAUCUCUAGUGGUCCAGAUACAAGACCACAUGUUACAACCCCAAUUUCAAUUAAGUUGGGAUGGUGUGUAAAACUU